AUGACGCAAACUGGGACGGCGCAGGAUAAAUGGUCAAACAACUGCUGGAGGAUCGAGCAGAAGUAUGCAAACAAAGUGCUGUUAGGCAACUGGGCGGACAAAAGACUUCAGUUCACUCGAGAGCCACAGACAGCCAACAGCACCAACCGUGUGGACUACCGCCCCCACUGGGACUACAAGCCAGACGUCUCUGAGAGAAGAUCUGCCCUGCUGAGAGCUGAGGGGCUUCCAUCCAAGCUGCUAUUUGUCCACAAUGGACCCCAAUCCUCUCAUUACUUGGUCACGCACUAUGAAGAGAGCUACCAGCGUAAGCACACCAAUGAUUUGCCCACUCUGCGACCCUGUCAUCCAGACAGCCUGACAUGGCAGCUCGAGAGGUCUGACCGGUCAAUUUCUGCCCUUCCAACCAACUCCGGCCCGCUGCAGUCCAUAAAGCACAAUUUGAAAAAGCAGCAGUCACACCUCCCGUCACUGACUGUGUACAGGUCAGCAUACCAGAGGCACCCACUUAGUGCCUUCUGCCAGAGCCGCUUUGCCAGGGCUUCACGCAUGCUCUCCAGCCACCUCUACGCGGCCAAUCACAAUAACAAAGACCUAGAUCUGAGGCAGCGAUCACUACUACAAAUCCCAGAUCAUUGUUUGAGUCAACUUCCACAAUCACAACAGGCUUAG